AUGCGAAAUGUUGAGUUCAAGGUUGUGGAAACGGAUCCCUCACCAUCCUGUAUUGUUGCACCGGAAACGGUCAUUCAUUGCGAGGGUGAGCCGAUCAAACGUGAAGAAGAGGAGGAAAAUAUGGCCGAUGUUGGCUACGAUGAUAUUGGUGGUGUACGUAAACAACUGGCUCAGAUCAAAGAGAUGGUCGAAUUGCCACUACGACAUCCACAACUCUUCAAAUCCAUCGGUAUCAAGGUACCAUCCCGGAUUGUUUCCGUUUUUUCCCAAAAUUUUGGAUCCUCUCGUUUCAUCACAACCGAUUGUAUGAAAUACAUUCGGCUCAUCUACAGUUAUAUCAUGUUAUAA